CCUCCCAGAAACUUCCCUGAACUCCUACAGUUGAAACGCAGCUGAAGUAUCUCUAGACCAGGGGUCAUCAACCUGUUGCCCCCAGGAACUCUAUAAUGUGCCCUCAGGCCUGUUAUAAAAAAAAUAGCACUACUGACCAUUCAGCAAAGUCUAAAGUAUUAUUUUCUGCUGCUAUUUUUUAAAUCGCACUUUAUGUGAUUAAAAACAUGUCAGCAGAGAUGGCUUACAGAAAGAGACGAGGAUGGAUAGAAUCAUGAAUCAUCCAUCAGAGGGACAGCUUAUGUUAGAUGUUUUGGAGAUAAAUUCAGAGAGGACAGACUUGAGAUGGUUUGGAUGUGUCCAGUGGAGAGACAUUGACGAUAUAGGUAGAAGGAUGCUGAGGUAGGAGCCACCAGGCUGAAAGAGGACAUGAGUUAAUUGGUAUGAGGGUAAAAGAUGCAAAAUGGAGGACUAAAUGGAGACGGAUGAUUGGCUAUGACGACUCCUGAAGGGACGAGCUGAAAGAGAAAAGAGAUUUUUCUUAUCAGACUUGCAUUGACAAGGAUUGUAAAAUUAUAUUUUUUAAAAAGCCUUAAAAUAUAUCAUUUAUACAUGAAGUUUAGUUAGACUCAAAUCUAUUCUAGUUCAAAGGUCAGUAUUGUAUGCACAAUAAAAAUUGGUAGCCCAUCAUAAGGCUCAAUAGUCAUGAAUAACUCUCAGGUUCACAUUUGGUUGGAGGAAAAAGUGUCUGGGGUUGGAGCAUAAGUAAGAGGGAAAGUUUUUUCUUUCUAAUGUUGACCUGAAGGAUUAGAUGCCAGCAUGAUAUAAGUGUCAACAACAGAGAACACAGCGCUGCAAACGGGUCAUCUGCAGCACGUUUACUGACAGAGCUUAGACACAAUAAGGUGUAUGAUGGACUUUUUUAACUCUGCUUUUGGCAAAAAUAUCACCUUUAUCCAUCCUGCAUAUUUCAUAAUCAGUGGAUUUACUGGCAUUCCUAAUAUAAAGUACUACUAUGUUUUUCUCUUUUUGGUCUAUAUCGCUUCAGUCCUUGGAAACGCAGUAGUGAUGGUUGUAAUUUACCUGGAUCACAACCUCAGAACUCCUAAAUAUAUAGCAGUUUUUAACCUUGCAUUUGUUGAUCUGUUAAGUAACACUGUUUUGGUGCCGAAGGUGAUUGACAUCUUCUUGUUUAACCACUUCAUCAUCCCCUACAUUGACUGCUUGGUUUUCUGUUUUUUCAGCUACACCUGCCUUUCAAUGCAGGCUCUAAACCUGGUUGCUCUGUCCUGCGACCGGGUGGUGGCUAUCAUGUUUCCUCUGCACUAUCAUACAAAGAUUACCAACAGAUCUAUGUUUAGUCUGAUGGGUUAUUUCUGGCUGUUUGUUGUAGUUGCUGUUUUAACUUCAGUUGCUCUUCUCACAAGGCUUACCUUCUGUAAUUCUGUGGUAAUCAACAGCUAUUUCUGUGAUUAUGGUCAGAUAUUUGAAAUGGCGUGUAAUGACUAUUUUCCCAAUGUUGUCAUUAGUUACUUGUUGAGAUUUCUUAUUCUAUGGGUUCCUUUAUUAGUCAUCUUAUCUAGUUAUUUUUGUAUUGGCUAUGCUUUGGCUAAAGUUGCAUCAUUUCAAGAAAGAGCAAAGGCACUGAAAACCUGCACAUCUCACAUUUCAUUAGUGGCGAUGUAUUUCUUCCCUGUAAUAAUCACAUUUACUAGGGGUCCGCAAAUACACCCAAAUGCUAGAAUAAUAAACCUGUCUCUGACCUCCAUCUUUCCUCCCAUGUUGAAUCCAAUUAUUUAUGUUUUACAAACUCAAGAAAUCAAAAAUUCAUUGAAGAAAAUGUUAGAAAUCAGAAAGCUAUCUAGAAUCAUAGUAAAAUAAUAAAAACAAAAUAUUGCCACAUUUGUGAAGAAGGGUUAGUGUUAAAAACGUC